AUGUUCAGCGAAAGAUUGAUCAUCCCAAAAGCAUUCAGGAAGCGGUGUCUUACACAGCUCCACAAGGGUCAUCCGGGUAUACAACGGAUGAAAUCUAUAGCGAGAAGCUACGUGUAUCGGCCAGGCAUAGAUGAGGAGAUAACCAGUUAUGUAAAGACAUGUGAUAGCUGCGCGUUAGCAGCGCGAUCACCACAAAAGGUGGCUCCAGAAUCGUGGCCAAAAACUACAUUACCAUGGCAACGAAUUCACAUUGACUUUGCUGGUCCUCUUGAAGACACAUAUUAUUUGAUCGUGGUAGAUGCUCAUAGCAAAUGGCCAGAAAUAUAUCCUACGCUGAAGAUCACAACAAGUGAAACAAUCCGUUUGCUGCGCUCAUUGUUUGCAAAUAAAGGUAUGCCAGAAACACUCGUGUCAGACAAUGGAACACAGUUUUCCAGUGUACUUUUUGAACAGUUCUGCUAUGAAAAUGGAAUCAAUCAUUUGAAAACAGCCCCAUAUCAUCCACAAUCGAACGGACAAGCCGAACGAUUCGUGGACAUUUUUAAGCGUGCCAUAAAAAAAAUUAAGGGAGGAGACAAAGAUAUUAAUCAGAUUUUAGACACUUUUCUCCUCACGUAUCGCACGACACCAAAUCCGAAUGUACCAAGCGGGAAAUCUCCCGCAGAAGAGAUGUACAAAAGGCCAAUAAGAACAUCUCUCGACUUGUUACGAGUACCAUCUUAUUCCGAAUCACCAAAAAUUCAGCAUGAUCUCAACACAUCAAGAUCGUUUAAAUCAAAAGAUCCGGUCUACGCAAAAGUAUACGCAAGCAAUAAAUGGAGAUGGGCAACUGGUACUGUUAUGGAAAAACUAGGCAGCGUUAUGUAUAAUGUGUGGGUGGAUGAUAGAAAAAUGAUCCGUUCGCACAUCAAUCAACUUAGGAGACGAUCAACAGCAGAAACGACCAAGAAACAACAAAUGGAUCGCCCCAACUUACCGCUGAGCAUAUUACUAGAUGAGUGGGCCCUGCCGAAGUCUACCUUGAGUACGAGCAAUUCUACAGCUGGGCCAUCGAUUGAAGACGAACCACAAGCUCAAGCUCAGCAUAUGUUACACUCCAUAGAACCAUCAUCUUCGCCAUCGAACGGAUCCAUACCGUCUGAUUCUUCUCCAUCUACCUCAACCGAUUUCCAAUCAGCAGCUGAAUCUUCACCUGUGGUUCAGAUUCCUCGACGCUCUUCGCGCAAUCGAAGACCGCCUCAGAGGUUCCAACUGUACCACAGAUAUUGA